UAGAAUGUUUCUUUCUUUUGCCGUAUGCAGACAACAGUUUUUGUUAUAAUCGAAGCGGUAAAAUGGGCGGCUCAAAGAGCACCAGAAAUCAAUAUUUUGCAGCUUUAAGUGUAAAUCUAAUAUCUGUGUCGUUUGGCGCCAAUUUCGGUUGGGUUUCCACAAGCAUUGCUCAAUUGAUGAGGCCCGAAACAAGUCGUCUGACCUCUGAGAUAACCAACGAUGGAUUGGGUUGGCUAACUUCCGUGAUGUCGAUUGGUGGGCUUCUGGGCGGCAUUGUCUUUGGCUGGUUGGCGGACAGAAUUGGUCGUCGAGCCUGUUUUCUUUUUAUGGGCACACUUGUCGCGGUAAACUGGCUCUUGAUUAUUUUUGCCCGCAAUCUCGUCCAAUUGUGCGUGGCACGUGUUAUAGCCGGAGCAGUCGGUGGCUGCUGCUUUGCGGUUAUUCCGGUUUACAUCACUGAAAUGACUGAGGACAGACUUCGCAGCACUUUGGGCACCUUUAUGUCCCUUAGCAUGUGCAUCGGCUCGCUCUUUAUACACAUUCUGGGAUACUUCCUUCAUUAUGUGACGGUUGCUUGGAUUAUGCUAUUGAUUCCUGCAGCACUCCUUUGCACCUUUACGUUCAUACCCGAUACACCUGAAUACCUGGAGCGUUAUCAUAAAAAAGGUGUGGAGAACUCUCUCAGAUAUUUUCGAGGUAUCUCUGCAAAUGAGAACGCACAGCUUCAAGCCGAGCUCACCAAAUUGUGCAAGCCUUUCGCCACAUUAGAAAAUGGUCGCGAUCAAAGCGAGGACAACAAACUGCAUUUAAAGGACUUCACUAAUCGCAAGGCACGUAAAGCCUUUUUCAUUGGAUUUGGAAUUAUUUUGGCCAAUCAGUUGACCGGUUGUUUAACAAUGGCCAAGUAUAUCUCUGUCGUCUUUAGAGAUGCUGGCUCCAGUCUAUCGCCUAUUGGAUCGUCGAUCGUUGUCAUCCUCGUUCAGCUGGUGGGCACUUACUCGGCCACGUUAUUUGUGGAGCGAGCUGGUCGAAAGACUUUGAUGCUCAUCUCGACCGCUGGCAUUUGCUUGGGACAAUGUGAUCGCCAGAGUCCAUAUGGUUACAAUGAACUUGCUAGCCAUUUGUCUUGUCAAGGUAAUCUGUCCAUAUAA